ACAGGAAUGUAACGUAACUAAGUGAACAGAACCUCUAAAUAUGUCAGUGCUCAGUCCUCACGUAAAAUGCAAUGCCUUGUCUCGGUGUUUUGCAAAAGAAGAACAUAGUUGUUAUUGUUUUUGUCAAAUUUAAAACAUGAUUUGAUUUUAGCUCGUAUUUCUUCGCAUCUAUCAGCGAUGGUUGCCACAUGGGGAGUUCUGAUCAUCCUAUGUUUAUUAUGCAGCACAGAAUCAAAAUGUUCACGGACUACUUUUUAUAAGAACUGCUGGAUUCGUCGUUUCCCCGGGAUUUGUAUUGAUGUAGCGGAGUCUCAGUGGAAAGGCGCUCAACUCCUGAAGUUUUACCGUGAAGAUACUGCACAGAAGUGCAGUAGGACCUGUUGCCUUGCUAGAAACGUGUCCUGUAACCUUGCAGUCUUUCAUUAUGAGAGCACUCAGAACCGUGUUAACUGCUUGCACUUACACUGCCCAACCCUGGAGAGCUGUGUACUCAGCCGGAGCAGUAUCGCCAUUCUUUACAACAUUAGCAAAGGUAUUGACCCAGACCUACUUGUAUUUGGAAAAUACCCCACCUCAAGUCUCCGCCUGUGGACCAACCUGUCUUCUUCGAGAUUCAACAGCUCCGAUUCCUCCUCUUCUGACAAAAGGCAGUUCCACCGGCUGCCAUUCUCCUCCAACCCUGUACAGUCCUCCCCUCCAAGUAUCCAUGAGAGCCUGCUACCGAGCACUAGCUGGGGACCAAGCAGCAGCAGCACAGCUUCUACCCCUGUACCUACCAUAACUACAUGGCUCAGUUCAUCCACUACAAUGGUUAGUGUUCCUGACGAGACCCAACCCACAAUAGGCUAUUCUAGUAGAACCACAGCUUCCACUCAAACCUCCACUCCCAGUUCUACUACCCCUACCACUGCCAGCCUUUCCCCAGAAACCCACCCACAGUUCACCACAGCCUCUCCGGUAACCAAGCCCUACUCCAACAUUGCUGCUGUACCGAGUAAUUUUGAAAGCAGUAAACAGUAUCCCAAUGAAACCAAAGGCUACGUCAGCAGGAACACAACUUCAGAAGAGGAGCCCAGCACUCUGUCACCAUUCUGGGAGGUGGCGACGGACACGCUACUGGUUCCCGUGGUGAUUUGCUCUGCCAUAUUAUUUGUGUGCUGUUGCACCGUACUCUUUGGCGCAGGUCGGCGCAGCAGAAAGACAGGUCACUACAAACCGGUGUGGAAAGCUGACAGGGGCUCCAUGCGUUUGAUAAAAUACAUGAUGGUUCGGGAAAGCUUGUGAUUCUAAACUGAAGGGAAGUUGUGCUUGAUAGGGGUGUGCAAAGGAAGGUUGAUAACGGUUCCCCUUUAACUGUAGCCUCUUAUUGACACUGCCCCCCCCACACUGUAAAGAACCUUGAGAUCAGUUUCUGUUUACUUAUUUCAACUAUUUCAAAAGUGUAUUUCUAAAUGCAUUUAUUUCAAAAAGUGUCACCGUAUAUUCAAGAAUAAUUAGAAAUUUCAAACUGUAAAAUGUUAUCAGUUUUAAUCAUUUUGAAGACUAAAACUGAACAUCACUGUGGGACACAGCAAUUUUUAAAUACGACUUACAAAAUGCCACCCUAGUGUAAUACACCACCAUAGCCAAUAUGCAGGUAUAAUUGCCCAAAAAUCAGUUCAUUGAUGGCUUCCCAGACACACACAGAGACACUCCACAAGUUUGUGACAUUGUCUUUAAUGUAGUAUUUACAAUGGCAAAGACAUAGGAAAAAAGUUGGAAAUGUACAUUUUGUGAUCAGUCACUUUUUGGCAACUUUCCUAAAUUGUCUACCCUUAGCUUUGAAAGUACCACCACACUGCCGUGACAACAGAGGGACAUUCAGUUUCCAUGUUAUCUCAAUCCUGAAGUUUUUUUCUUUUGAACAAAAUCCACCUGGAGGGGCACCGGACCGGACACAGUGGUCAUACAAGAAUGGCUUUCACACAAUCCAGUCUCAAAGUGAACUGAACACAGGAGAACAGGGUCCUUCAAUGUAGGGCAGUGUGUGUAACCUUCCAGCAGAUUUGUCAUUAAAAAUGGAAUAAUUAAUUAGAACAGUGUUACUGAACACACAGUAGUCAGUUACUUGUUUCUCUCACUGAAACUUAAGUCACUGAAAACUCACAGCACUCAUUAACUUGUUUUUCUAGCACUGCUUACCAAAAGUACUGUAAUUGAAAAUUCCCCAUUUUGAGUGUGUUUGUAAACAGUUUGGCAAUGGUAUUUUGAAUAAAUAUCUUGUAAUGUUUUAGUUGUUAUUGUGUCCAAAUAAGCCACCACUUAAGAUUGUUUACCAAUUACUUAAUGAGGAACAAUUCUUAUUUUGAUUCAUCAUCAAUGAUUUGUUAUUAUUUACUGCAUUCAUUUAUUUUAGGCGACAAUUAAGCAGGGAAAAAGGAGAUCCGAGACCGACUUCUCUAGCAGACGUGUAAUGACAUUUUGUGGGAAAAUUGUUAUUUUAGAUGAUACCAAACUAAACGUUGACGUUUCUCAAACAAGCACCUCUUCUCUUCAAAUUGUUUUGCACUGCUUAUUGCUACAAGUUUACCCAGCAAAAUAAAGUCACAUCCUUAAUUUGCAAGGUACUGCCUCCAACACAAACAAAAUAGUGAUCAGUGAUAAAAAUGAAUGAACAAACCUGAUUUUAAAACAAUCACACACUGCACAGCUUCGGUAUCAAAGUUCACAUAGCCAAAAAAUUAAGCUUAUUGUUCUAGAAGGCAUAUGAAUAUAUUUACUCAAAACAUCAGUAGAUGAUCUAGUUUAGGAUUCUUUAGAGGCAUCUAGACAGUUUUAAAAUUUGAAUAAUGACAGAUGUGCUAUUACAUGGGUUGGCUGCACACUAAUGUGGGUUUAAGGAAGUACGGCUCUCUAGCUUAGAAUGAAUAAUGGGUUUGUAUUUAAAAAUGUUGCAAGUUGUUUUAUUUUUUUUACAAAUGGUA